GAGGCGAAUACUGAAUAUCAUCCCAUUGACGUUCCUGAUUGGGUACCCUUGACUCAAGAGAAAGGUUGCGAGUUCAGCUCGACCAAGCUACUCGGUAAAUACCUGGCUGAAGUAUUCAAGAAGAAUCCAACUACGACUCGAUUAUGGUCACCGGACGAGUUGGAGAGCAACAAGCUCGAUGGAACUUUCGAAGUCACAAAUCGCGAUUUCCAAUGGGAUCCUGAAACACGGGCAAAAGGUGGCCGCGUCAUCGAAAUCCUUUCAGAGCAUACAUGCCAGGGGAUGAUGCAAGGGUACACUCUAACGGGCAGGACUGGGAUAUUCCCCAGCUACGAGAGCUUUUUAGGAAUUAUUCAUACUAUGAUGGUCCAAUAUGCCAAAUUUAUCAAAAUGGUAAGCAAAUUCACUUUAAUGUACAAGAUAAUGAGCUCAUCUCCGAGUAGGCCCGCGAAAAGGAGUGGCGGAAAGAUGUGGCUUUUCUCCCAUCAAAACCCAUCAUUUAUUGGUGCUGUUCUGAACCUCAAGGCCAAGUAUGCUCGAGUGUACUUGCCACCCGACGCCAAUUGUAUGCACGAAACUCCGGUUUGGCUCUCAGCAGAAGAUGCUGCCGAGCACUGCAAGAAUGGUGCUUCUGUGUGGAAGUUUGCCAGCACGCACGAUGGUGAAAACCCCGAUGUAGUAUUGGUCGGUAUCGGCACGGAAGUGAACUUUGAAGUGAUCACUGCGGUCGCAAUGCUCC